AUGUCACACCAAUCCUACACUGGUGAACUGGGUUUAGCCAGGAAUAGUCCCCCAAAACCGCUAUUAAGUGAAGAUCUACGAAUUCGACGUACUCGUCUAGUUCAUUUAAUUAUUCAUGCAAUUAUUCUCAUGUUGGCGUUUGUCUAUAUGAUCUUAAGUCUCGUCUUAAGACCCGAUAUGUAUCGUACAGCGUUGUCUGCUCUGAUCUUUUGGUUUCUUCAUGGCUUAAUUUGGACUUUGCUAAGUGCUUUUGGACUCUUAGUUGCUUACAAAUAUCAUGAUAAAGGUUUGCGCAUAUUUGGAUGGAUACAUAUUAUUCUACUGGUCAUUGAUGCUCUUUUAGUUGGGAUUCCAGUAUCCAUGAUUUUGUAUGGAAACUUUACGGACCGCUCCAAGAAUUAUCACGAAGCAUUAGAAUUCAUUGGCAUCGUAUCGAUUAUGUGUCAAUUAUCGCUCUCGCUUUUCUGUUGA